UUAAACCUGCUCGGUACCGCCAUACCUUGCCGUCGACAAUUUAACUCGACUGUCUACGGAAUUCUUUUAAAUUAGCUGUUCAGUAAAGGAGGGAAUAUAGUUUCUGUUAACAUUUAGAAACCGGUUUAUUUGUAUUGUUUUUAAUAAUUCAUUUUUACAAUACUUUAAUUAAAUUGAAAAAAAAACUUUACAUCAUGAAUAUAUCAGUGCAAUUGCAUUUGAUCGGAUGCCAUUUAAAGUGACGUCAUUCAAUCAUGACCGAGGAAUUUCUUCAAACAUUCGUCUUAAACGGAGGAUAAUUAUCGAAAUAAAAUCAAGACAAUACACGUUCUUUUGAGCAGUUUAGGCUUACAAGAGUUUCGGGUAACAUGCUACUUAAGUUUGCGUCUGUGUCAGCGUCCGUUUAAAGUUAUAAGUUGCCAUUUUGAGUUAUUGUCAUUUAUAAAAACUCGAACAAGGAUUUACUUCAAAGAUACCUUGACAAACGGAGGAUAGUAAAAUAGAAGAAAAGAAGACAUACAUUUGUUCGGGCAGGCUUAUAAUUCAAAAUGGCAUGUAGUUCAGAAGACGGGGAGCAAAAUCAUGCAAAACUUAUGCAGUUGCAUGAUCCUUGUUCAAAUACACUGAAAGCGUUGCUUGAAUUUGAAAUGCUUAAAACGGUAACACCAAUUGACCAGUUAUUGUUGAAAAAUAAGAAACAAAUAUCGCGAAAGGUUGGACAAACUGCAAAAGAUUUGCUCUUUCCCAAAGGGAAUCAGCCAACAAAUGUUGAUGCAUGGGAUAUUUCAUUGUUCUGUUGUAUUUUACGGAUCUGCUGCAUGUUGCAGCCAACCCAAGAUAACGAUGUUAAUGCUGUACGUAUUACACGAAACGAAAUUGCUCAUUCGCCAAAGCCUUGUAUUAGCAACGCCGAUUAUGCAAAGCAUGCAAAUGUUUUUAAGACCUUUAUUACAAACACGUUGAAUUACAUAAAUGAUCAAGACUUAAAGGCAGAAAUAAACGAACAAGUACAAGAAGCAGAACGGCCCGUGAGCAAACAAGUUAUUCGAGCAUUUAUAACUAGUCACAAAAGUUACCACGCCAUAGCAGACGAAGUGAAAGAGCACAUAGAUGAAAAACAUGAAAUUGUUAUGCAAGAAUUUCAAGAUUUCAAAAGAUUUAUCAGCACAUUGCCCAAAGACUGGCAGUCGAAGCUUAAACCACCAGAUCUAGCCAGCUUUAAACUACUCGUAAAAGAAUGUAGUCCAGAUGAAGAAAAGAAAAUAUCGCAAAUCUUAGUUCGAAUUUUUGGAGAAGAGUUAGGAAAAAAAUGCAGCACCUUGUCGGAUGAUACAUGUAAAGAGCUUAAAGAUGUUGUGGGCAUACUAGUAAAACGUCUUCGAGAGAAAGCUGACCUGAUUGACGCCGAGUAUGGAUGUGUGUGUAUCUUCACCCGUUUUUACGACUUUUCAUCCUACAUGGAUUUUUUGGACUAUUUGAUGAAUGGAAAGCUAACAGAAGCAGCACUUCCGCUUCAAAGUGCUUUAAGAUGCUGCUUUGGAAUUGAAAGCUUACAAGUAGAGUUGGUCAUGGAGGAUGAGCAGUUUUUACAUUGCUUCCUAAACACACUGGACUGCGUGAAGAAUGUUUGCUCCGCAUUAAGGACAGUGACACGUGACAUCGACCAAGACGCACCCGAUACUGAUGUUCCAGACAUUAUAAUGUCGACAUUUAACACUGAGCUGGAAAAGAACAGCGAUUUAACUCUAUCAAAGAAUGAUGCAGACAAAUAUGGACAGGUUCUAAAAGAUGCCAUAAAAGUAUUGAUUGCAGGUAAUAGUCAGAAACAAGCCACUGCAGUAAGGACAGAACAAGAGAUAAAUCGGUUGACAAAAGAUUACAACAAAACCGAAGAAGAGUCCAUUUCGACGACAGGAGAGAAUGAGAUGCAAUCGAAUCUAGGAGAAGCAGAGGUCAUUCGAUCACCAAAACAGUGUGCCGAAAGUGUAGACAGACUUAUGUUGUGUAAAGGUAAAGUUUCUGAUGUGGAGGAAUGGUCUUUGGAGAAGGCGGAUGAUUUGGUUAUUAUUUCAAACGAACAGUCUUUCGGAAAUAUAGACAAAGUCCUACUGCAUCAAGGUAUUUCCACAAAACAUUCGUCCGAAGACUUGUUGGGAAGAGGAACAACGGGUCGUGUUCAACUCCCCGCGUUGGAAAAAGGGGAAGCAGCAGAAGGACAUUUAAUACAAGAGUCCACCCAUAGUGUAGAUGAAGACUUGUUGCCGAAAGAUUCCAAGAUUCUACCAGGAAUGGACCUGGAGCUUUCGUCUCAAGGAAAGGCAGAUGACUUUCGUUCAACGAAACAGAACGAAGAAAGUAAAACCCAGUUGCAAAAAGAUCCACCAUCAGAUCAGAACCAAUUGCUUCCGGUUGAGGCGGGGGAAGAGGAAGAGAUCACUCGUGUAACUAAACAAUUCUUCGAACCCGUAGACGCAACCCGUUCGCCGCAUGAAUAUGGCCAUUAUCAGUCCCUUCCGAUAGAGGCAGAGGAAGAGAUCAUUCGUGUGACAAAACAGUCCUUCGAGUCCGUAGACGAAGCCCUUUUGCCGCUGGGAUUAUGCCUUGACAAAGUCAGUAAAGGUUCAGUUAUAUUUAAAUGUAAGCCUACCCGGCCUGAAGCUCUUGAGACGCUUACAUCGUUUUGCAAUUAUGGGCGGAUAAAAGAAGUGAUUCCGGCAUUCUUUAGGGUGCCGACUGCUCUUGAAAAUCUACCAAAAGAAGGAUUUGUACAACGACUUACUAUAUAUGCAGCAUUUAUUGAUUACGAAAAGGAGAGAAAUUUACAAGAUGUCACUCUUAAGUUUCAAAGAUAUUCAGAAAAUGAGGCCGAAAAAGAGCAAAAAGACCCGAAGAUCAAAACUAGGAUGAGUGACAAAACUUUACGUUCAACAGAGCUUAUAUACCAGGGAAUUGUCCGUUUUACAAUAGAAGAUAAAGAAUUGAAAGUACAGACAUUCAUGCCCUUGGUGCGUUCAGAUCAGGAUCUUAUAUGGAGAGGCGGUAUGAAUGAAAUAAGACGUCCAGUAGACGCACGCAUUGAGAGAAAAAAGUGUUUUGAAGAUUUUGGAGUACAGACAGUCAUGCGUGUGGGCGGUAUGAAUGCAAGAAGACGUCUAUUAGACUUAUACAUUGAGAGCGAAAAGUGUUUUAUCGAAUUUGUGCCCUGUAUCAUACCUGAUGUUGUGAACGAAGGCCUUUACAUGGCAUUGGCAAGUUUGAAAUUUGAAGAAUGUCCCGAUUGUUGCGUAUGUGAGACAAAUACAAUAGCGAAAAGGCGAAAAGAGAAGAAAAUCACAAUGUGGGAAUGGAAUCAAAAAAAUGAAGAUUUAAUUAGGCGAAAAGAGAAGAAAAUCACAAUGUGGGAAUGGAAUCAAAGAAAUGAAGAUUUAAUUAGGCGAAAAGAGAAGAAAAUCACAAUGUGGGAAUGGAAUCAAAGAAAUGAAGGAUCAUGGAUGUCGGGAAUAUUGGAAAUUCUAAGUGUUUGGUGGGAACAAGCGACUGUGAAAAAGGCUGAGGUGGAAAAAGAAGCAAGGAUACUUGAAAGGCCAAGACGAAGAUCAUGGAUAUGGGGAAUAUUGGGAAAUUUACGUGUUUGGCGGGACUAAGAAGCCAAGGGAGAAAACAGUGAUAUAUGCCGAGACAAGAGCGACUACUUGUGAAGGAAGCUUGGAGACAGAGUGUCGUUUUUUCAAUACGUUAGUGAAAUCACUUCGCUUCAAAAUACACCGACACAACUUUUGGGGUUUGCAUGGCUUGAUCGUUCGACAUAUGUACGGACGUCAGUGCAACUAUUUGUGGCUCUUUCUGGAGUCGCAAUGGUGACCCGACGUGAAAAGAAAGAAGUACAUUUAGAAAGGGCUGCAAUACCUCGAGUCUACCUUGACAAAACUUUACUAGGUAGAUAUGUUCAAAGAAUACCUCAUGUUGAUUCCAAUGCGGACUUGUGUUUAGUUACAGAAAAAAUUCGUUCCAAAUAUAGUAUGCAGAAUGGUGUCCACAAAAACCGUGUUUCAAAACGUUUUGAUCUCAUGUGAAUGCUCUUGUGUGUUUAAAAAGUUCUUAACCCAUACGCUAGAAAAUUGUGUUUUACAUAUAUUCGAAAAACACGAAAAGGUGUAUAAUCCAAUAAUUUCGCGAACUUUGUGCAGCACGUGUUUUAGAACAGAAUUGCAUCUGAUACAAUUAUUAGGUGUUUGUAUAUCUGUAUCGGGAACAGUGCAAUUAGUAAACCAGUCCUAUAAGGCAGGAUCAAAUAUGAACCAAGUAUGAAGUCAUCGCAACGGAUGCGGAUCUGCAGUACGGAUUCAUUCGUGCAACCAAUAUGAUUAGCUGUUUCAGAAGUUGUUGAUGAGCAUGAAGACAUACACGAAAACGUUCACUGAAUAAACAUGAAUGACGACACAAAACAAUUUGAAAUAUAUCAAGUCUACCUUUGUUUCCUAUCUUUAAUAUGUGUUGUAAAUAUUAAGAACGUUCGAUGUGUGUAAUUUAGAUUCAUGACGAGUAUAGAAAACCAUGAAUUGAUUACGAAUGACUACAUGUAGUGAACUAUUUCCUCCAUUACUAGCUGCUAAGUAACUCUGUUAUUAACAUUUGAUUGUUCUUGCGUAAUACUCAUUGAACAUAUAUUUGUAUAAAGCAUAAAAUAAAAAUAAAUUGCCACUACAAGAGAUGGCUUAUUGAAAACGAAAUGUUACUAUAGUAAAACGUAUUACACCCUUAACAAAGUGUAACCCGAAAUGAAUAGUACAUAUAGUAUUGAUUUUUGUAAGAAUAUUGUACAUACAGGUGGCUUAUUUGAAUUAGAUUGUACAUAGAGUCGGCUUAUUUGGAACAGGAAUGAAAUAGACUGAGUAUAUAUAUUGUUGUAAUCAUUUUGUAUAAUGUUGUACUUAGAGUGACAGUCAACACUAAACCAUGUUAUUGGAAUUUAUAUACUUACGUGUGUGUCCAUAUUAUAGUGUUUACAUGUUUACCCAAAUACAUAUAGUUUUUUUUACAUGUUUUGUUUUGGGCUGACUUUACAUAAAUUUAAAUCAUUAAUCAUAGUAAUCAAGUAGGUACGUUAAAUAAACUUGCAAAAUUGAUAUAUCUAGCAUUUGACUUGCGUCAUAAUUAAGUUGUAAAUAUGUACAUGUUAUUGGUAUCUUCAAAUGAACAAGAAAAGUAAAGCAAAGAAUUACCAUUUAUAUACAUUAUCCAUCAAUAUAUAAAUCCAAACCAGAAUUUGAAACCCACAUGUAUAGACACUAAAAAGUCUCAUUCUAUUAAACUUACACAGUGGGAAAUUUGUUAAACACGAAAUCCUCGUGCACGUUCUUAUCAAUGCGAUAUUCAUUUAUCUAGUACGCACCACUUGUAUGAUGUAUUAAUUAAAUCUGUUAUUUACAAACUAAAAUUAUUAGUGUGCACAUGGAGAACUUAGGGAUAACUUAAAUUGAUCUAGUUCAUUUUGUAAAUAUUUAACAACAUAAUUUUCUCAUUAUUAAUAGGUACAUUUGUGUUUGUAUAUACAUGACUUGUUCACCGUCAUUGUAUUAUGUAUUUAGUUUGUAUUCUUUAUAAUAGCAAUGACAUUUUUAUGUUUAUGCUAAUACAACUUUGACAUGACCUGACUUAUAGAAAUGUAUUUCGAUGUAUAUGUUGGAUUUACUGUAGGUGGUACCAUACUGUUUAAACUAGUAUUUUGCGCAUUCUCCUAAUCAUGUAUGUGGUUGUACCAUUGUAAAUAUUGUGUUUGUCCUCAUGGCCCGUAUGCUUAUUGGAUGUGGAAUGAACCACCUUCAUAUAUUCUUAUACUGUUAAUAUUGAAAUAAAUCACUUAAAAAUGA